AUGACGGACCAUACGAGGGACCCUUGCCCCUGGGUUGUCCUCAACGACUUUGGGGGUGCGUUUGCUAUGGGGGCGGUCGGCGGUGCCCUCUGGCAUGGUAUCAAAGACUUCCGCAAUGCACCUCCCGGCGAGCGCCGCAUCCACGCCCUCACCGCAAUCAAGGCGCGCGCGCCCAUCCUUGGCGGUAACUUUGGUGUGUGGGGCGGCUUGUUCUCGACGUUUGAUUGUGCCGUGAAGGGGGUGCGGCAGAAGGAGGAUCCUUAUAACGCCAUUAUCGCGGGCUUCCUGACGGGCGGCGCGCUCGCGGUGCGAGGGGGCGUGAAGGCGGCGGGAAAUGGCGCGGUGGGGUGUGCGUGUUUACUGGCGGUUAUUGAGGGUGUGGGGAUUGGGAUGAACCGCGUGGCGGGAAACAGCGGGCUGCAGAAUCUAACGGUGCUGUCAGAGAGCAGCAUGGUUGGGGUAUUACCUGCAUAA